AUGCGGAAAAAUGGAUGUGGAAGAAAGUUAUCAUGUCAUUCGCACGACUACGGUGCUCUUUUUAGGUAUCAGUACAAACCUAUUGCGGCAGAUUCCAUCUAUCCCUUCCUUCUAGUAAAUAUCGGAACAGGAAUCUCAGUGUUGAAGGUUGACUCUCCGUCACAAUUUCAACGGGUUGGUGGUAGCUCUAUGGGAGGUGGAGCAUUUAUUGGGCUUGGAAAUCUGCUGACAUCAGCGCAAAGCUUCGAUGAACUGUUGUUGAUGGCAGAGAAGGGCGAUCACCGAAAAUGUGACACACUUGUUUGUGAUAUAUACGGUGGCUCUUACGAGAAUCUGAACUUAGCAGCUGAUCUCAUUGCUGGUUCGUUUGGCAAAUGCAGUCGUAUGGGUAAACGGGGAGCUCGAGGGGAUCAAGAACGAGCAUCAGAACAAGAUAUUGCUAAAUCAUUAUUGUUAAUGAUCAGUAAUAAUAUUGGACAGGUACUGGCUGAGUCAAUCAUGGCUAUGCUCUAUGGUAUGAGAUUUGCCAUGAAGCGGAUAUACUUCGGAGGUUUCUUUAUCCGAAAACACCCCAUCACCAUGCGAACGUUGUCAUAUGCCAUUAACUACUGGAGCAAGGGCAACAUGGAGGCGCUAUUCAUGAAGCACGAAGGAUAUCUUGGUGCUGUAGGUGCUUUCCUAGACGUUGGAGACACCUAA